AUGGCAACCCUCUCUUCCAAUCGGUUCAUUGAUCUUAUCAAACCUGGAAUCACCACCAAUGCCCUAGCACACAUAGGAGGAUCAGAUCAUCGAAGGAACCUAUAUGUUGUACAGUUCCAAAAUUGUCUUCCAGGGUUACAAUCCGUCCAUGAAAUGAUCUUCAUUGCUUCAUUCCCACAUCUGCAAGUCACCAUCUUUGAAUCAGAAGCGAUUGGAUGUCGUGAAGGGUGCAACAAUCGAGCAAUAGUGGAAGGGAGAAGAGAGAUGACGACUGAUAAAGGUAAAGGGUUUGCCCAAAAAUCGGACAUGCAAUUUCUUUUUAAGAGAGAAGGUUACAACUAA